AUGAAAAGUUUGGGUUUAAGUGGUUUCCUUGUUGAGGACAUGUUCAAAGUAACGAUGAGAAAAAUAUCAUUCAAAGAUCUGUGCUCAGACGCCAAUAUUUUCGACAACGUAAGAACAAAAAAUGAGCUCAAAGCAAUGCAGGAAGAGCAAUUAAAAUUCGAACAACUCAAAGAGUUAAAAAAUCAAAUAAAAAUUGGCACCAUAAUAAACCUCUCCGUGAAAAACAAUGAAUCCAGUAUCUACAAGAACGUGACUAGUAUUCUAGAAGAACUCAUAAAAAAUGUCACACUUCUGAACAACUUAAAACAUGCUUCCCAUAAAGCUGGAUUAAUUUAUUCUAACAGCCCUCUUACUAAUUAUUUUGAAAGUUACAAUCAGCUCAAAAACAUGUUAAUAGAAGAAUUUGAUGAAAAUAUGAUGGACCAAAAAUAUUUUUUAGAAAGUCUUGAAGAAGUUAAUAUAGAGGACAGCAGUGGAACAGACGACAUUGAACGAUUGAAAGUUUUCUUACAAAUUGCUCACUUGCCAGAAAGCAGUGAAGAACCACAAUUUCUAGAAAUGAUAAACCAUACACCUCAAACCCUCUUAGACAUAUUGUCUGAAGAAAAAGACUAUAAAACUCAAGACGUUAAAGACUUCAUACCACCAAAACUACUGAAAAACUAUGACAAAUUCACAGACCUACCCAAAAACCUGCCAGAAAGUAUCUACUCCAACCUACCCUGCUCUGCCAGGGCCAAUUACACCACAAUCGACUUUAAAGAAUUGAACCUUAUACUGAGGCAUUAUGGCAUGUCGAAUGCAGAGCUCCAACAGCUCUGCAACAACAUUCUUCGUGAGAUAAAAACCCAACCAUUUCUACUUUGCUUCCUAUCUUCAUUUGAAUCGAAAAAGGCCAAACAGCUUUUAACAAGUCUUGGAAAUCUAAAGGACUUACUCCAGGAGAAACUGAAUCUAGACCCUCAACAACACUUCAUCAGAGAUCUAUACUACAAAUCAGUGAAUAACCGACUAUCAAACUAUCGCACCAUCGUAGAACUCUUAUUGAAGUUGAGGAAACAAGUUAUAGAUGAUUCACUGAAAAAGAAAGUUGUUCACGAGUUAGUCCAAGCAUAA